ACUUCCGCUUUUCUGCGCGUGGCCCCGCCUCUUCCGGUUUGCGGUGGGCCAUGGCGCAGGGACAACGCAAGUUCCAGGCGCAGAAACCUAAAAGCAAGGCCGCCGCGGCGGAGCGGAGCCGCGGGCCUCGGAAAGGCGGUCGAGUCAUCGCUCCCAAGAAGGCGCGCGUUGUGCAGCAGCAGAAGUUGAAGAAGAGCCUGGAAGUGGGGAUCCGGAAGAAGAUUGAGCAUGAUGUGGUAAUGAAGGCCAGCUCCAGCCUGCCUAAGAGGCUUGCACUGCUGAAGGGAGCAUCAAAGAAGACAGGAAGCAAGACACCAUCCUGAAGGCACUGGGAUUUUGCAGGUCACCCCACAGGCUGGCUGGACUUGGAAGAGGGUUCUGCUCUAGUUCUGGUGGCCCCUGGAAUUAUGGGCAGGUGAUGGUAAAGCCAGGCUAGCUCCCAAGUGCCGACGAGUGCUGCCGGUGUGAUGAUAAACGUGGCUCUGUUGUCUCUCCAGCCGGUCCGUGGGCAUAAUCUCACCCCAGGUGCUGGGUCCCCACCCUGAUCAUCUAAUGUCAGCCUGUCACACCAGUAAUCCAGAGCCACUUGGGGAUGCUCCAGUGUUACCCAAUAAAGCCGUGUCACGGAG